AGGAAGAAUGCAAACCCUUCAAAUUGUGUUCUCUUAGAAGCAUUGCAUUAACUAGUACAUAAUAUACUAAAAUGGGUGCUUUUCUUUUAUUUGUGCUUGUUUUUGCUAGUCAAGUGAUUGGUGGAUUCAAUACAAAGCUACCACCUCCUGCCUAUGGAAACUCAAUAACCAUUCUCAGCAUUGAUGGAGGUGGUAUUAAAGGGAUUAUUCCCAGUGUAGUUCUUCAACGUUUGGAACAUAUUCUUAAGAUUGUGUCAAAAGAUGAAAAAGCAGCACUGGCAGAUUAUUUUGAUGUGAUAGCAGGGACAAGUACUGGAGGACUCAUUGCUGCUAUGCUUGCUGCUCCUAACUUGAAUGAUACUUCUCGUCCUGCAUUUACUGCUAAAGAAAUCUUACAAUUCUACUUGGAUUAUGGUCAAUCUAUAUUCAACCAAACUGCUGCUAGGAAUUGGACUCAUACCACCCCGGGUCCGAAGUUUGAUGGCGAGUUCUUACGUGCUAAAACACGUGAGAUAUUGCAAGAAACACGUUUGCAUGAUACAUUGACCAAUGUUGUAAUCCCAACCUUCGACAUCCUUCUACUUCACCCGGUCAUUUUCUCAAGCUUUAAGUUGGAGGAAAUUCCUAGCCUAGAUGCAAAAUUGUCGGAUAUAGCCAUUGGGACUUCAGCUGCACCAACUCUUCUACCACCCUAUUUCUUUUGGAAUCGUAGAAGGCCAUUCAAUUUAGUUGAUGGAGGUAUAGCUGCAGGCAGCCCGGCAUUGGUUGCAGUAAGUGAAGUGAUGCAACAAUUGAAUGAGAAGAAUCCUAAUUUCAUUCCUGUGAAUCCAAACGAACCUACCAAAAUCGUGUUGUUGUCAUUAGGAUGUGGAAGAAACACGAUUCUAGGGCCUGGUUCUUUACUUGCAAAAACCUUCUCGUAUAAUAAUUGGACGUCCAUUCUUGCUUUGGGUUAUGCUAGUGCUGCUGCAGACAUACAUGAAUAUCACCUUGCAUCAGUCUUCCCAGACUCACCUUCUUCGGAAAAUUACUACCUUCGAGUUGAGGAGUAUAACUUGAAUCCAUCUAUUGUCAAUGUUACCGAAGAAGGCAUGCAAAAACUUGUAAAGGCAGGAGAAGACUUGUUGAAACAACCUGUUAAGAUACAAAAUGUUACUUCGUUUGUCCCAUAUGUAAAACCAAGUGAGGGUACAAACGAUGAGGCUCUUACAAGGUUGGCUGAUAUUCUAUACAAGGAGAAGGAGCUGCGUUUGAAAAUGAAAUCGAUGGAAAAAAGGGGACAGCCAUUUACUGCUUCUACUCCACCCCCUUCCCGUAUGGUUGCUAUGGAAUAAUUUUCAAGUGAAUAUUGCUGCAAAAUUAAGUGUUUCUUGUUUGUUUGUUUUCCUGUCAAAGGUAUUGAGAGUCUAGCUUGUUAGUUGUGUGGGUGCAUGUGAUUUUGUACUAGAAUAAAGGAUUCAACUGCAUUUUGUAUCCCAUGUAAUGCUCUUGCUUAAAAUAAAGAAGAUCAAUUUGAUCAUUUUCUUUA